UCUCUCUCUCUCUCUCUCUCUCUCUCUCUCUCUCUCAGCUUCUAUCAUCCUUCUUCUUCGUUCACAUAUAUAUAACCAGAAGACAUUCUCUUCAUAAUAGAUAUAGAGUCCGAGUUUGAAGGUGAAUCAUGUGGGAAUCCGAGAGUGACGUCGCCGGAGGAGGCGGAGGAAGAGAGUACGGCAAUGGAGUCUCGAGCUCUAACAAACAUGGCGUCAAGACAGAUGGCUUUGAGCUCAGAGGCCAGUCUUGGCACGUAGCCACGGAUAUUCCGAGCGAUCUUCUGGUUAAAAUUGGCGAUGUUAAUUUCCACUUGCACAAGUAUCCGUUGCUUUCACGUAGCGGAAAGAUGAACAGACUGAUCUACGAGGCCCGAGAUCCAGACCCGAGCAUCGUUAUUCUUUCCGAUCUUCCCGGAGGACCGGAAGCCUUCGAGCUCGCCGCCAAAUUCUGCUACGGAGUUCCCGUGGAUCUAACCGCGACCAACAUAUCGGGGCUGAGAUGUGCGGCCGAGUUUCUUGAGAUGACAGAGGACCUUGAAGAAGGAAACCUCAUCUUCAAGACAGAAGCUUUCCUAAGCUACGUCGUCCUGUCUUCGUGGAGAGACUCCAUCUUGGUCCUAAAGAGCUGCGAGAAGCUUUCGCCGUGGGCAGAAAACCUUCAGAUUGUCAGAAGGUGCAGUGAAUCUAUCGCUUGGAAGGCUUGUAGUAACCCGAAGGGAAUCAGAUGGGCUUACACCGGGAAAACACCGUCCGCUUCUGCUAAUUUCUCGAGUUCCAGUCCCAAAUGGAACGAACCGAAAGAUUCGGGUCUGACCUGUAGCCCGAGUAGGAACAACCAAUCGGUUCCUCCAGAUUGGUGGUUCGAAGAUGUUUCCAUCUUGAGGAUUGAUCACUUUGUUCGUGUCAUCACCGCAAUCAAGGUGAAAGGUAUGAGAUUUGAGCUGGUCGGAGCUGCAAUCAUGCAUUACGCCGGAAAAUGGCUCCCGGGUCUGAUCAAAGACGGAGUUCUCGGAACUCCGGCGACAUCCGCCGUUGGAGGAGACGAGAUGAGCGUCAGCGGAGGAAGCAACAGUAGCGGAGGGACGGUGAGCACCGCCGCAUCGGCGGCCGCGGCGGCCUGGAAAGGCGGACUACACAUGGUUCUCUCUGGUAAAACCAACGGCCAGGACUCACCGUCGCCGGGAAUCAACCCGAAAGAUCAACGGAUGAUCGUGGAGAGUCUUAUAAGCAUCAUCCCUCCUCAGAAAGACUGCGUAUCUUGUAGCUUCCUUCUCCGUCUCCUCCGAAUGGCAAACAUGCUGAAAGUGGCUCCUGCACUGAUAACAGAGCUCGAGAAACGUGUCGGGAUGCAGUUCGAACAGGCGGCAUUGCCGGAUCUCCUCAUCCCUGCUUACAACAACAAAGGGGAGACAAUGUACGACGUCGAUCUUGUCCAGAGAUUGUUAGAACACUUUCUUGUUCAGGAACAGACAGAUGGGUCGAGUCCAAGCAGGUCAUCGUCCUCUGUUUACGCUGAUGGAGUUCAGAGAGUCAACAGCGGAAACAACCCGACCGCGAAGAUGAGAGUGGCGAGACUCGUUGAUAGUUAUCUUACGGAAGUGGCCAGAGACAGGAACUUGUCUUUGACCAAGUUUCAGGUCUUGGCCGAGGCGUUGCCGGAAUCCGCCAGGACAUGCGAUGAUGGGCUCUACAGAGCAAUUGAUUCAUACCUCAAGGCACAUCCUACGUUGUCGGAACAUGAAAGGAAGAGGCUUUGCAGGGUGAUGGACUGUCAGAAGCUGUCCAUUGACGCGUGCAUGCACGCGGCACAGAACGAGAGACUGCCACUGAGAGUGGUGGUUCAAGUCCUCUUCUCGGAGCAAGUCAAGAUCAGCAACGCCUUGGCCAAUUCAUCUCUCAAAGACUCGUCCAUGGCUGCCGGGGAAGCCCUCAGUUCAUAUCAGCCGAUGAUUCCCAACCGGAAAACUUUGAUCGAAGCAACACCUCAAUCCUUCCAAGAAGGGUGGGCGGCGGCCAAGAAGGACAUAAACACGAUGAAGUUUGAACUGGAGAGCGUGAAGACAAAGUACGUGGAGCUUCAGAACGAGAUGGAGGCUCUGCAGAGACAGUUUGAGAAGAUGGGCAAGGCCAAGAACACAUCGGCAUGGACCACUGGUUGGAAGAAGCUGAGCAAGCUGACAAAGAUGGGCGGUCCGGAGAGCCAUGAGAUGGUCGGGCCAGGACAAGUCGGUGGCGCGGACCAGAUGACGAGGAAGACGCCGAGGAGGUGGAGGAACUCGAUUUCUUGAGGGACAAGGAAGAGGGUUCUUGAGGUUCGAAUCUUGGUUUUGUGGGUCUACUUGCAUUGGAUGUGUUUUGUUGAUUGUUCCUUACUUUGAAGGGGAAUCAGAUAAAAAAGAAAAAGGAAAGAAGAAACAAGGGCUUUGUGGGGGUCAUUUUGUUAAAUCUUUGUAACGAUUCUAUACGCUGCUGGUAUAAAUAAUUGAAAUAUGAUUUUUUA